CGUGCGACCACAUUUCGUUGCGAUAUCCUUCUACAAAAUGUUUGGCUAUCCGACUGGUAUUGGUGGUCUCCUCAUACGAAGAGUUACGUGACGCGGAGUCAAGAGCGGGGAACGCUCAACAUUCAGUCACAUUCAACCCAACGAAUCUUCGAAAAAAAGAGUGUUUUAGACGCCAUAAAGCGACUGCAAUCUCGAGCUUUUGCUGGCGGGACAGUAAAGCAAAUUCUUGUGGACGAGUUCUAUUCCGUUCUUCGAGAGAGCAUUGAGGAAAGGUUAGAACAUGGAACGCUUAAUUAUUAUGCCAUUUGUGCUCUAAGCAAAGGUUUCGACGACUUGAAGAGAUACGGAGGCAUGCAGAAAAUCUCGGCGAGCACUAUGAAAAUAGCGAAUGAAGCCUUCGAAAUGCUCUCCGGAAGAGUACACUGGAAUGGGAAACCAGCGGUGAAAAUCUACGGCUGGGAAAAUGCCAGAAUGCAGGGGCCGAUCGUCACAUUCAAUCUACUGCGUGAUGAUGGGAGCUUCACAGGUUACUCUGAGUCCGUAAAAUGGCUGCUUUCGCACGGUCUGGAGAUCUUCCGAACGGAGCGUUGGAGGCAAAGAAUGUGGAGAUUGCGUUGGAUUGUGAUUUAUGGUAAACCAACAGGAGCUGUUCGGGUGUCGUUUGGAAGGCAGUCUACAUCUGAGGAUGUUCAUUCCCUGGAGCAAAUGAUCGACUACUGUUUUCUUGACGUCCACUUACCAGUCCAUAUCGACUAUCACCUGAACAUUACCAACUACACUGCUAUCGUUCACAUCUUAUUAUUUACCCGCACGCUAAAAGCGUGUGCGGGAAUAGCUAUGACAAGUAAGUUUUUCAUAUUCUUGCAUUUACAAAGUACCGCGGGAUGGUUAAUUGAAUUGUCUGCACACUGA